AUGUCCAGUCUGUCCAGUAAGCUCGAAAAUGCCGCGCACGCUGCAUUGGUGAGCUCUGCCCUGCCGGAUCAGCCAGUCGCAGUCCCGGUCCCGGUCCCCGUCCCAGGUCCAGAGCCUGCCGCGCCGGCCCCAGCUGCUGCUCAUCGCCAUGCUGCACCCCACGAGCGCGAGGGUGAGGGUGAGGGUGAGGGUGAGCAUCCGAGCGUGGGCGUUGAUGUAGACAUGCCUGCCUCCAAUGGCGCCACGGGUCACCAUGCUGCCCCUUCACUGGCGCCUGCUGUCGCUGCCCAGGAGUCUGUACAGGUACCUCCGUUGCCAGCCUCUGUCUCUCCGCCGUCUCUGUCAGGUAUCAUCGGUUCCCCAGACCCAGCCCUAGACCAAGCCGCCUCCAUAGCAGCCCUCCCGCCUGCCGCCGAUCAGGGAGGCAAUAAUAAGAAGACCCGGCCUGCCAUGCCAACCCUCCGGUCUAGUGGCCCGUCAUUGCUGUCCCAAGCUCUUGCUUCUGCCCGUGGUAUCCCCUCUCAGCCUUUACCCUCGCCCACGACGCAACCCGAAACUCGCCGGUCAGAGCAGACGUCGGCUCACCUGUCUGAAGGCACCCGGACCUACACAGCGCGGACUCCCCUUGACACGCGAACCAACCAGGCCGCCAAGGAAACGUUCCAAGAUGACUCUGCCCAAGGGAGCAACCGCGCGUCCUUGACGCCCAGGGGUUAUCUGUUCGAUCAGCCUGUGGUUGCUCCGGACACAACCACUGUCCUCUCGACCUCUCCAACCAGCUUGAUCAACGCAGACACUGUCGGACCCUCUACGCCUGAUAUGCCUAGUCGAACGAGUACGACAACAACGCUCCAGGGCAACCUGGAGGAUCGUCGCUUGCGAUCGAACUGCAAAGGAAGACCAAGGUCGCUGGAGCGUACCCAGAAGGAGAUUAGAACCCACCAAUUGGACGCUAACGGCAGCAGCUCAGCCAAUGUUGGGGAUACGUCUCUGUCCCGUAUAGAAGGCGGGGGUCCUUCGGCGAUGGAGGGCAUUGUCGACAAAGAUGCCAUGUCUACUCCCCGCUCCCAGUAUAGGACCUGGAGAGUGGAGCGUACAGUAUCAGUCGGUCCAGAAAAAGCCUGGUCGAUCGGCAGAGGUGAUUUGGCCGGUACCCGACCCGGCCAGGUGGAGCAGUCCAUCACGGAAGCACUCGCUGGAGUAGAGCCCACGCGGAGCCGCAAGGCCAGCCACAGUCUUCGCUUCUUCAAGGAGGGCCUGCCAGAUGAAAAAACCUGGCGUAAGGAUACGAAACGCCGGGAAGAGGGCAAGGAGCACGACGAGGGAGUACAGUUGCCUGCUUCUCCUUCACCUCGGACUAUCCACGAGUUCACCGGCCUGGCCUCUGAACUAGAAACGAAUCGGCUCGAUCCGUCAAGUAACUCAGCUGUCGAAUCGCCUGUGGAUGAAAAGCAGGGAAUGGAUUACUUCGGCCUCAAGCCACAUGCGACAGACACGGGCAAGGCUGGGCAGCUGACACCCAUCAUCGAGCAGCGAAACGGUCAGUCUGAUACAGCAUCCCACACUGCUGGAGCCUCCACGGAUGUCGCGCCAGAAUCGCAUAAGGAACUGGGUGAUGAGACGGAAGUUCCGGGAACUCAUGAGGAAGGUGAUGAAUCUGGCGAAGAGAAGAUAUCGUCGGCCGUUUUUGUGCCACAUCACGAGCUACCGGAACUUACCCGACCUGACGUGAAGACCGGCCGGCCAAUUCCCGUUCACCGUCCCUCUAUCGUGAAAGAUGUGAGUCCUUGGCUUGUCAAGGCAGAUGAGCCGGAGGUCGAAGACAACAGCGCUGAACAGAACCCUGGCGGAAUAGCCUCUGAGAAUGUCGAACAGCAGCUGGAUCAGCGUGUCGUAAGUCAGACAGAUGAUGACUGCGCUGUGGUGGAAGACAAUGAACCACCCGAGAAAUCUCAGCCCGUUCCAGGUAGACUUUCGCGUCCAGUGUCUCAGUAUUAUGACGACCAUGUGCAUGAUCAUCAGCUCGAACCCAAAAAGCCUCUCGAGGCCAUUGAGCUCAUUCCAUACAAGCACCAAGUUGGUGGUCACACAACCUUGUGGAGAUUCUCUAAACGUGCUGUAUGCAAGCAGCUGAAUAACAGUGAGAACAAGUUCUACGAGAAUAUUGAACGUUACCACCGUGACUUGUUGCCAUUCUUACCAAGAUACAUCGGUGUUUUGAACGUGACCUUCCAGAAACAACCACGGCGUCGAUCCAUCGUCAAGAAAGACAACGGCCAGGGGGGAGAUAAGAGGCCAGGCGCGCAAGACGUUGGCCUGAAUGGCCAUCAUGAGAAUUCGCAUUUGGAUGUCCAGCCCAGUCCCAGUCUUGGCCCGAAAGAAAACAAGGAACAUCGUAGGAUCAUCAGCCAGUCUUUGCAGUCAACGCAGAUACCUAUCCCAACUGUGACGUUUGUCGACAACCGACAUAUCCUGCCGAGAAGCCUGCUUCAGCCCAACUCCAAUGACUACCCACUCCGCUUAAGAAGUGCUUCUGAAGCAGUCGCGCACGACAUGGCUGAUACGGGUAAAAACUCCGCCCCAACGUCUGCGGGUGCUUUGAUCAAGCGACCUAGUCUAGAAACCCGCCAUGCUAAUAGCUGGGGGGCUACUACGGUCAACAAACGGCUUCGGAACGAGGUAUUCAACGAUGCCUUUCUGAAGCGGCCAAUACCGGUUCAAAAGUACCAAAAGCCAGCUACACAUUCGCGAACUAUCCCUCGACGAGCUAUCCAGCAGCAGGUACCGCAGUAUGACAACCCGGAUCCCGUUCUGAAAUUGAAUAUCGAAUCCCCUCUAUCCGCUACUUCGCCCGAAAUCCUGGUUCAGAGCUCUCCCAAGCCAAGUCCACGUCUGAACCAGACUCAAAGCGAGAUUGGCUACGAAGAGGCGGGUCUUCACGUUGAAGGGGCUCAAGAUGUCAAGGAUGUCACAGGUACUAGUGCCCCUGAACCUGACACUAUGGCUGGGCAAUUCUCCCCCCACCAAAGACGUAAACGCAGAUACUCGGGGACAGCAUUGAGAAGAAGACCGGAGGAUGUCAGCGGAUCUCGCGGCGAUCUCAAGUACUUCGAGAACGUGGACGACGCAGGCUAUAAGGGAGACAUCGAACCUCUGGCUUCACCGUCGGACACGAGCACAGUCACGAGCGCAGGCCAGAUGCCUGGAAUUCAACAGACCACCUCAAUGGACGUGGCUUUACCCCCCUCGGCGUAUUCAUCUGAGCUUCCCAGUCCAGCUGCUGAAUUUAAGAAACUCUCCCGCCCGGUGAACCCCAAGGAAGCUCAGACCCAGCAGGAAUCUAUCAAGUUCUUCCUACUCCUGGAGGACUUGACUGCGGGGAUGAAGCACCCGUGCAUUAUGGAUUUGAAGAUGGGUACGAGACAGUACGGCAUAGAAGCUACUCACAAAAAGCGAGAGUCGCAACGCCGCAAGUGUGCGGGUACAACAUCGAGGGAGCUUGGUGUCCGAGUCUGCGGUCUACAAACCUGGGAUGCUAAGCAGCAGACGUACAUUUUCAAGGACAAGUACUAUGGCCGAGAUAUUAAAGCUGGAGCAGAGUUCCAGAACGCCCUGAGGCUUUUCCUCUCCAACGGCGUUGACGACUCUAGCGUCUUGCGCCAUAUCCCAACCAUUAUUCAAAAGCUCAAUCAGCUCGAGGAAACUGUCCGGCGCUUACGUGGCUACCGCUUCUAUGCCGCUAGCCUCCUGAUGUACUAUGACGAAGAUACACCGGGGGAUGGAGCUAAUACUAUAAUCGAUGACUCAACGACAGACUAUCCCACGGACACGGAAGAGGCGGCGGACGCAAGACGGCGGCGGAAGAACAGGGACAUUGAUUUCAAAAUUGCAGAUUUCGCCAACAGCGUCACACCAGACGAUUUGACCCAGGACAAGCCCUGUCCCCCGACACAUCCCGAUGAACCUGACCGAGGCUUCUUACGCGGGCUCGCCAGCCUCAAGAAGUACUUCCUUCGCAUUCAGAGGGAAAUCAGAGAAGAAAUGGGUCUGGAUAUGGCCUUUAGACGGGCGGCGUCUCCAGAAGAAGAGGACAUAUUCCAGGCUGAGUAUGACUCCGUCAGUGAGUAA